UUAUUCUCACAUGCUGCCCCUCACACACCUCAGUACACAGGGUACCUUCUGGCUAAAUGCAAACCAACCAACGGCUGGAUAUAUUGGAUAUUGGCAGAAAAUUACCGGCUGUUUUGCUUUCUAGGUCACUGGCAAGACGUUGUGAGGAAGCUGACAUCGCCCUGUACAGUAUCUUGAUAUCGUUGACAAGAUUGGUUUUAACUUCCUGGUAACAUUCGCAAUCACUCGAACAACCUCAGAAGUUAGAAAACUUGUGGUUAAACAAAAAUGGCCCGUCAAUCUCGUGGCUCGGAAUCUAAGAGAGUGACAGCUGAAUUGUUCACCCUAACGUAUGGUGCUCUUGUUGCUAAUAUUGUUAAAGAUUUUGAUACAGACGCAGAAAUAAACGAACAGUUGGAUAAAAUCGGAUUCAAUAUGGGUCUGAAAUUGGUUGAAGACUACUUAGCGCGUGGAAAUCCUGGUCGUUGUAAUGACUUUAGAGAAACCGCUGAGGCAGUUGUAAAAGGCUUCAAAAUCUUUUUAGGCAUAACUCCAACUGCUUGUAAAUUUAGUUCAGCUGGUGAUGAAUUUAGUCUUGUAUUGGAAAAUAAUCCUUUAACAGAAUUUGUUGAUCUUCCUGCUGAACAUCAAAACCUACUUUAUUCCAACGUAUUGGCUGGUGCUAUACGUGGUGCUUUGCAUAAUGUGUCUUCGAAGCAUUGAUUUUUCAUCUUGUGAUUAUCGAAUAAGCAAAGCAGUUUUAACUCCGCCGGCUUGAGGUCGGCGACCGCACCCCUAAAAAACUAAUUCACUAGAAAACGCUAGCCAGAAAACAUACUUCAAACCCUGGGAAUUAGAAGGUCUUCUUCUAGAAGAAUUAUGACAUCUCGUGAUUGAAGCCGAUUUCCUUCGGAAGUCACGAUGCUGAUUCUCCUUCUGACUACCAGAGCAACCAUUCUGUUAGGUACAUGGAACGUUCGAACAUUGUGGGAGACUGGAAGACUAUUUCAAGUUGCUGCAGUUGCUGCUUGGAAUCAGUGAAACACAUUGGACGCAGUUUGGUCAACAAACACUACUUUCAGGGGAACUGCUGUUAAACUCUGGUCAUGAAGGAGAAAAUGCAUCGCUCACACAAGAAUUUGCACUGAUACUGUCCAUACAAGUACAAAAGGAAUUGAUAGCAUGGGAAUAUCAUGCACCAAGAAUCAUCAAAGCAUCCUUCAAAACAGAAAUAGGGCAUUAGAAAGAACGUCAUCCAAUGCUAUGCGCCUACCAACGACUACGACGAAGACGCCAAACAUCAAUUCUACGAGAGGCUGCAGUCAGUCGUUGAGAGAGGCUCAUCGAAGGAAUUGACCGUUUUGAUGGGAGACCUAACUGUCAAGGUUGACAUGGACAACAUUGGAUAUGAAGACAUGAUCGGACGACCUAGACUGGGAGAAAUGAACGAAAACGGUACAGCUUGAAGUUGAGUCUCGAUUUGUUCAAGACCAAUUACGCGGUGAUCAAAUCAAUGAGAUACGUGUGAAAUUUAUUCGUCGUAUAGAAGAAGUUAUUCCAGGCGAUGAUUAAUUCAUCACGUUUAUUUUAAUAUUCUGAAUCAAGUUAUAUUAAUGUAUUCAUUGAUUGUAUUUUCACUUUGAAUUGUGUUUUCUAUUAAUGAAUUCUUUUCACAAAAUGCAUUUUCUGUACUAAAACUUGGAAAAAUCUGGCUGUGCAAAUAAAUUCCAUUAUUUUCCCA